AUGGCUGUCUCUGACGAGACAGCUAGCUCUAGACGGAAAUCUUCCCUGGAAGAAUUGGUAGCAUAUCUGCGGAGAGCUAUUGGAAGACUCGCAGAAAACAAUCUUUUGAUAAUUCCACUAGAUAUAGUCAAAGUCUUCCUAGGAUCACUUGAUAGUCUCGAGGGAGCUGGUUUUUCAGAUUUAGUUGCGCUAUUUGAUGGGGAAAACAAGGGGAAUUGCUCGAGGCUUGACCUCGUUUCUUUACACUGCAUGCUUCAUAUUCUUCUGCGAGCCCCUCCAUGCCUUGCUCGAGAGAGGGGCUUUUACCUCUUCCUGAAAUCUAUGAGGGACCUCACGGACAGCAUCCAAAAGUCUCCGCACUAUACCGUAGUGGUUGCCUCUCGUCAGCGCAAAUCGCUUAUUGGACAAAAGACUUUCCAUCAUCUGUUGGGCACGUUUGUGGGAGGGAACAACACCAGACCACGAAAAUGGAGUGGUCAGCUCAUACUCGAACUGAUCCGUAGGUCUAACGACAGCAGAGGAUUCCGGAAACUCGGGGAAAUGGUUCUGGACGAAACGGACUACAUCCUACGACUGCUGGCCGCAGUACUGAUCCAGGAGAUGGUUGCUUCUCAGCUCGACCCUCGUAUCUUCUGGCCUCAAGACACACCACAAGCCACCAUUGAUCUAUUCUCCAUCCGGUCCACGGUCGAUAGGACCUGGAUUCAGAAAUUUAAUAAUUUUGUCGCUCAUCACGAAUUGAAGCAAAACAGAAAGGCAGCAAGAAUGCAAAUCGCCCGAGAAAUCAAUGUUGGAGAAUCAAAAUUUGGCCCUAGCAACUGUUUGAUAGGGGUAUUGGUUUCCAAUAUCCUCACCAUUAUGAUUUCCGAGGAUAACCGCUUCCGGCUUAUGGAUAUCCGCUUAGGUCUAAUUGACAAGCUCGUAUUGUACGAAAAGAAUGCGAUUCUUGACGUGUAUCUACAUCCAAAUUGUUGUUAUAUGACAAAUGGAUUGUUGGAAAAGGCAGACAUCGUCUCAGUGAUAUAUGAGAGCCAACCCGAAGUGACUGAGAUCCGCGAUAUACUUGAGAAAAAACGUCUUUCCGUCAAAAAGGUAACAGGAGGAGUUAAAGGCACCAAAGAUUUCCCCGUGACCGGGGCGUCAGCGAAGAAAGCUCGACAAGCAUCUGCAGGCGGACAUUUACUCCGAAGGACGGACAAUACAUGGGGUCCAUCCACGUUGGGCUGCAGUGCUGCUACGCGCACAGCUCGAAACUUGGAAAGAAAGCGAUCUCACAGAACUAUGAUAUUUCCUUCGGAGGGGGAAGUUAUUAGGUGUUCCAGUGCCCAUCUUGAUUUGAGCUUGUCUGACAGUCAUAACUCAAACUCAAACGAAGGCAGCCAAGGUGAGUCAGAUAGAGGAGCUGAAGAGCAGGUAGACAAGGAUUCUCCAUCAGCGCUUAAAAACCACAGCACCAUAGAAGGAGAAUUUUGGGGGUCAUCAAACCUAUCAAGGGUGGGUGAGACCCCAACACCUGAACACCCUGCUGCGAGUACCCCCAACAACCAGGAGAAACAAAACCAAAGUCCCCAGAUAUCUCCUAAUGCUGCAAUCCCCGUCAAAGCACAACCUAUGUCCUGCAAUGGGGGGCCUUCAUCAAAUAUUAUCGGUGUGGUUCAGCCGCAUGGGAUUAGUCAGAUUGAGGGUGACUGCCCCAUUGGGCUGCCAAGCCUAGCACAAGCUCUUCAACUUCAACUUCAACCUCAAGACUCCAACUCAUCUCCGGAUAUGCUCGAACAGGACAGACAGGCUCGGGAAAGUAGUCCGGAUUUGGGUGGUUUGGCUUUGGAACAGACAUCUUUUGUUGCCGCCAAGCCCAUGGCUGGCCCAGAACAACUCCCUGAAGUUGAGGACGAAUAUCCGGGCUUUCGGGAUACCAAUAACAGUCCAACCAAUUCCACAAGGAUGGGCCAACCAGUCCAUGUCUCCACCAAAGAAACAGCGAAGAUAGCGAGCAGCCAAAAUGUAACGGAGAUUCCCAAUCAAAUUGGAAACAACUCUAAACUUAAGCGGCCUCAUAACCGAAUCAGCGAAUCUACGGGUUACAAACUAGUCGUAGAUUGGGAUCAGGACCUUCGUGUCGACGAUACACCCAAGGAUGGGCCAGAAAGCUGCUCCAAGAAGCCGAGAAAAACUCCCCCCCAAACCAAGGGACCCGGCAGAGCUGACAAGUCCAAGAGCGCCUCAAGCUCAGCGGGAAAGAAGAGCCAGCAAGUGGCUCUCCAAUUGACUCCUUGCAUUGAGUCAACCCCACGGAACAAACCUACUUCAGAGAAGAAAUGUAAGACGAAGCGAUUAGGUCGUCAAGUUACGAAAACUUUGACAUCCGCCCGACAACCACGAGCUGCCGCAGAGAGAGCGAACCAAAAAUUGGCCUUAGCGAACGAGUAUGAAAAUGCGACUUACGACUUUGAUGAUCCUAUUGAAUCAAGCCUUCCUGAAGAGGCUGUCUUAGUUGGCAGCCGGACAAAUAAGCCAGCUGACACCGACAUAACACAGCCUGUUCUGACUUGUGAACAGAACCUGGCUCCAGAUGAUGUUCAGGAAGAGCCGUUGCGCUCCAUCGAGUAUCUCGUCAACACCAAAUGUGGGACUCCAACCUCGGAAGAAGUUUCCGAUCUCGUUCUCUCUGAAAAUGUUGGAUCUGAGCAGACCACUGGCAACAUUAAAAACGGGCCACGUUUCCCCCUGACUCGACAGGAUGAUACCGACGGCCAUCUAUAUUUCCAGAGAAGCGAUCCGCUGUCCAGGGAGCAGAGCCACCCAAUUCAUGCAGAGGGCGUUGAAAUCCAACCCAAGACCAAUAUCCACAUGCAGGAGGUUGUUUUCGAGCGCAGGGAAACCAGUUUGGGGAAGAGACUCUCUGAGGCAUUGGUUAAAGCCGGCAUUCUUUCUUCAAACACUCUGAAAACUGGAAAUGGCGUUGGCAAUGAAAGCAAUAGAAAUUCAUUGUUGGACCAAGGCGAAAUUAAUGACAUGGAAGCCCAUCCGCGAACGGGAAUAUCUCAAAUCUCCAAAAGUGUUUCUCAGUUUAUUUCGCGCCAGGCUCUUGCUGGCCAACGCACGUCUGUAGUUGAACAAGGCAAAGAAGGCUGCUCAGGGAUACCACUGACGGACAACGAAGAAUCAAGUUCCAAGUCCGUCAAGCCAAACGUCGAUGCUGAGCAGGGCCCGUCGGAAGAAUCUGUGAAUGAUCACGAGGCUCAGACAAUGCAGCCAACCAUAAAGCGCCAAUCAAAAACUUCAACCGAACUUUAUAGUAUUCUAAAACCCGCUACAACUAAAUUCGACAAGAUUGGAGUCGACAGUGGUAUCCCUUCACCAAACGAAAUGGUGAUGAGAACAGUACAAAUCGUCUGUUUUAAUCCAAACGGACCAAAAAAUCAUUGUGCUAUACCGGGCUCUCAGGCCGGCCAAAAUUCGAAGCAAAAUGACGCUAAUAAGACCGAAUCACACAAGAUUGGGGACCCUGAUCCUGUUAAGAAUGGGUUAGACACUCGGCCCGAUGCCGAAAUUAGUGACGUUGAUGAUCUGGAUGAGAUUUCCCUAAUUCCAACUUCUGACUGUCUUGGACUGGCAAUCGAUGGGCACACCAGUGGUUUAAUCGCACAAACCCAUUCCAGCUCAAUCUGUGAGUUGACCGCAACUGAGUUCCUAUCGCAAGGCCGGACAGUUCAGAUGAUCCCAACUCACAAUCAGUUGGUCGAUGAGAAUGGCAGUCCACAACCUUUCCGUAGAGAUCUCUGGAGAAAUAGGGCAACAACUCUUACAUCUAACAUUGAACUCCCUAGCGACACUCCAGAAACAUCACAGUCGUCGGAACUUUCAGGUGUUUCCUCCAGAGAAGACAGCGGGGUUGAUCGUAUCGAUCCGAUAUCCUCUGAUUCCGACAGUAACGACGGAUAUCUUGGAGUUCGGGAUCUCAACGAGAACAGGGUGAGCCACCUCAACACCCAUUCAGAAAUUCCGCCCCAGCGCAAGGACACGUCCUCUAAAAGAGCCGGUCGAGAUUUCAGAAGUUUGGAGGUGCGGGAUCGCCCAGACCCCGACAGCAAGGCCUUUUGGAGACGCAGCGCCCCGAGUACGUUUGCUGAGCGUCUGAGAGGAAAACAGGAACAGACAAGACGGAAUAAGAAGUCGAGCAGAAACAGCAAGGUACAGAAGCGCCCGCCAACAUUGAGUAAGGCUUACCGAAAAUCAAAUAUCAUGUCGCUCGUAGAAUCGAGUAGUGACAUCAGUGAUGAUGGUGAGAACUCCGAAGCGGACAAAUCUAGAGUGAAGAACGGGGUCUGGUGUAGAGCUCAGGUUUCGGCUGGGUCAAGCUCAAAUCUGUCAGAUACCCUAGUGGAAGAAUAUCGAGAUGUGGGAUCUGAGUGGCAAAAUGCCUUGCGAGCUACUCUAAAGACAGGUCUUGAUAUUCUACUAGAUGCCAGUAGCCGACUUGUUCGACACUUAUUGGACGAGGAAGAAGCCAUCGAUAGGGUUGUAGACACAUAUAAAAAGGACGGGGCAAGGUUGAUAGAUCGACUGGAACAGAGAUAUGUCCAGGAGCUCCAGGACAGCGAAGUUAUACUCCAACCUAUAAAGCAAGAGUUAAUAUGGAAUUUGGAAGGGAUGCUUGCUGGUCUCGACAACAAUAGGCGGAGCCUUUCUAAACAACCCGCAUUGAAAGACCUCUCCGCUGCAGUCCAUAAACGGAAGAAGUUCAGGGGACAACUUGACGUCGUGAUAAAAGAAUAUGAGAUGCGCGGAUAG